CGUCGCUGCUCCUGCCUUCUCCCUCCGUGCCGCUCCUGCCUUCUUCUUCUUCUUCCUCCCUGCGCCGCCGCGAUGCCGCUGGAGAACCUGGAGGAGGAGGGGCUGCCCAAGAACCCCGACCUCCGCAUCGCUCAGCUCCGCUUCCUCCUCAGCCUGCAGCCUCAGCGGCCGGACCCCGCCGUGCGCCAGGAGCUCAUGGCCGCCAUCCGCGAGCACGACAUGGCCCCAUACUAUGAAUCCCUCUGCAAAUCCCUUGACUGGCAGGUAGACACGGAGCUGUUGAGUAAGAUGAAGAAAGCAAACGAGGAGGAGUUGAAACGCCUUGAUGACCAGUUGGAAGAUGCAGAGAAGAACUUGGGGGAAAGUGAGAUCCGUGAUGCCAUGAUGACCAAAGCAGAGUACCUCUGCCGAAUUGGGGACAAGGAAGCCGCUUUGACUGCCUUUCGGAAGACGUAUGACAAAACCGUGGCUCUGGGACAUCGGUUGGAUAUUGUGUUCUAUCUCCUCCGAAUUGGCCUAUUUUAUAUGGACAAUGACCUCAUCACACGGAACACUGAAAAAGCAAAAAGUUUAAUAGAGGAAGGAGGAGACUGGGACCGGCGGAAUCGGCUUAAAGUCUACCAGGGUCUUUACUGUGUGGCCAUCCGAGACUUCAAGCAGGCAGCAGAGCUUUUCCUGGACACAGUUUCAACUUUUACAUCUUAUGAACUUAUGGAUUAUAAAACCUUUGUAACAUAUACAGUCUAUGUCAGCAUGAUUGCGUUAGACAGGCCUGACCUUAGAGAGAAGGUUAUCAAAGGCGCAGAGAUUCUGGAAGUGUUGCACAGUUUACCAAAAGUGCGGCAGUAUCUUUUUUCACUCUAUGAAUGUCGGUAUUCCGUGUUCUUCCAGUCGCUGGCCACCGUAGAACAAGAGAUGAAGAAAGACUGGUUGUUUGCGCCUCAUUAUCGCUAUUAUGUUCGGGAGAUGAGAAUCCAUGCUUACAGCCAGCUCCUAGAAUCUUAUAGAUCACUUACGCUAGGUUACAUGGCAGAUGCUUUUGGAGUCUGUGUAGAGUUCAUAGAUCAGGAACUUUCAAGAUUUAUUGCUGCCGGGAGACUACACUGCAAAAUAGACAAAGUCAAUGAAAUAGUAGAAACUAACAGGCCCGACAGCAAGAACUGGCAGUACCAAGAAACCAUUAAAAAAGGAGACUUGCUGCUAAACAGAGUGCAGAAGCUUUCUAGAGUAAUUAAUAUGUAACUUCAAUUUAAAAAGUGGGGGAUGCAUAAUUUUGACAACCAUUUUGGAAGUAAUUAUCACUACAUUGUGAUAAUUACAGUAUAAGUUGUUAAGGAAAUGACAGCCACCAUGUAGUUAAGGUUUUUACGGCUACUCUGUAAACAGAAGCAUAUAAAUCUUCCGUUCGUGUUUUCUCAUCAACUUCAUUUAUUAAAUGUGUAGUACAA